UCUAAAAAUAAAAUAUUCGCUCUACAGUCUCCCCUCCCUCUACAACUCUAGGGUUUACAAAUCCGCACCCAUUUUACCACCAAAACAAAUAACACAUCGCCACCUCCCUCUCCAUUCCUCACUCUCUCUCUCUCCUCAGUCGUCACCAUGGCAAUGUCCGAGCAAGACGAGGUAUCCAUGGCGGUUGCCGAGAUGUACUCCCUCACCCUCUCACCCACCACCACAACCACCACUCUCAACUCCGCACCAUUCUCGAAACGCAUACCUAUCCGAUCAAUCCUUAACCGCUCCGACGGUGGCGCAUCACUCGCCGGCCAACGAGUCACCGUCCGAGGCUGGGUUCGAACCGGUAGAAAGCAAAACAAAGGCGCAUUAGGUUUCAUUGAGCUCAACGACGGUUCUUGCUGCGCCAAUUUACAGGUCAUAGUUGAGUCAUCUGUGUGUGAGCUUAGCCAGCUUUUGUCGCCUGGUUCGUGUGUGUCGUUGUCUGGCGAACUUAAAUCUCCGCCGCAAUCUGGAAAUGAUAAGCAGAAGAAGAAGAUUGAGUUGUUUGCUGAUCAUGUUAUUGAAGUUGUUCCUGUUGAUCCUACUGAGUAUCCUUUGCCUAAAACUAGAUCGAUUAUUACUGAGUAUUUGAGAGAUUUUGUUCAUCUUCGACCUAGGACUAGCUCGUUUGCUGCAGUUGCUCGAAUUCGUAGUGAGCUUGCAUAUGCUACUCAUACAUUUUUCCGAGACAAUGGAUUUAUUAAUGUACAUACACCUAUCAUUACUACCAUUGACUGUGAGGGAGCAGGGGAGACCUUUCAAGUGACUACUUUGAUUAAAGAUGCGGAAAAGUUGGAGCAAGAGUUGUUGGAGAAUCCAGCUCCCUCAGAAGCCGACGUUGAAGCUGCAAAGCUUGUUGUUGAAGAGAAAGGAGAAGUUCUUAAGAAACUGAAGGCAGAUGCUGAGGCGAGCAAAGAGGAAAUUAAAGCUGCUGUUGGGGUACUAAUGAAAGCGAAAGGGGACCUUGCCAAGUUGGAAGAAAGAGCUAAGCUUCAGCCUGGAAUUCCCAAAACAAAGGAUGGCAAAGUAGAUUAUGCCCAUGAUUUCUUUGCUCGUCAGGCUUUUUUGACUGUCUCCGGUCAAUUGCAAGCUGAAUCUUUUGCUUGUUCCCUUGGUAGUGUUUAUACAUUUGGGCCAACUUUUCGUGCCGAACACUCUCACACUUCAAGGCAUCUCGCUGAGUUUUGGAUGGUGGAGCCAGAAAUUGCCUUUGCGGACCUUGAGGAUGAUAUGAAUUGUGCGGAGGCGUAUAUAAAAUUUAUGUGUCAAUGGUUACUUGACAGAUGCCUGGAUGAUAUGGUCGUCAUAGCUAAGUUAUUCGACAAUACUGCUAUUGACCGUUUGAAAAUGGUAGCUUCAACCGCUUUUGUCAGAAUUACUUACACAGAAGCAGUGACUUUGUUGGAGCAAGUAAAAGACAAGAAAUUUGAGAAUAAAGUGGAGUGGGGGUCAGAUUUAGCGUCUGAGCAUGAAAGAUACUUGACCGAGGUGAUAUUUAAGAAGCCAGUUAUUGUGUAUAACUACCCGAAAGGAAUCAAAGCAUUUUAUAUGAGGCUUAAUGAUGAUGGGAAAACUGUGGCUGCAAUGGAUGUACUUGUGCCAAAGGUUGGAGAGUUGGUUGGCGGAAGCCAGAGAGAAGAACGUUACGAUGUUAUAGUCAAAAGGAUUGUUGAGAUGGGAUUGCCAUUGGAGCAUUACAAGUGGUACUUGGACCUCAGGCGCUACGGCACAGCGAUACAUGCUGGAUUUGGUCUGGGAUUUGAGAGGAUGCUUCUUUUUGCUACUGGAAUUGAUAACAUUAGAGAUGUCAUUCCUUUCCCACGGUACCCAGGAAGAGCAGAUUUAUAGAUUGCAUACACUGAAGAGAAUGUGCCCUCUCCCCUGUUGGUAUACGUGCUAAAUAUAAUACUUAGAAAAGCACCAUUUUGUUCUCAGUAUUACGUGAAGGCUAAUUCUUUUUGGUCUCGUGGUACAAAGACAAAUGUUUUAUUGAUCUUAAUUGUAUUGAAAGUCUGAAAUAGUCUUUUUUAAUAUACAGUAGUAAUUUUUGCA